UAAGUUUAGUUUUUUCAGUUUUAUAUGUUUAUAAAUUAAAAUUCACGAGCUACUGCACUUUAGUGCCAUGUACAGCGCUACCUAAGGUUCCAACAAUAAAAGGAAGCUCCAUGUGCAGGCGUAACAUGCUUUGCUGCACUCGAUGUUUGUCGCUAGCUUAAUUAGUUAAGAAACAGACGAACAGAAAGUAAACAUUUCCACCACGGUGGCUGCCAGCAAACCUAAAACUUUCUCACUGGACUUCUCAUUCACACUCUAGAGUUUCUAGAGAUUGGAAAUGAGCCACCCGGAGUCCAAAGUGACCACCGUCCCGCAUGUGGUGAAGGAAGAGCUAAUGGCAUCAGGAAAAUGGGUAAAGCUGGAGGAAACCACAUAUGUCGAUCCUGCUGGAAACACUCGAACCUGGGAGACAGUAAAAAGGACAACACGGCAAACAAACACAGAAGCUGACGGUGUUGGGAUCAUUGCCCUGCUGAAACGCACGCUCCAUAAAGACUGUGUGGUGAUGGUAAAGCAGUUCCGUCCUCCUUUGGGAUGCUACACCCUGGAGUUUCCAGCAGGGUUGAUUGACAAGGGGGAAACUGCGGAGGUUGCUGCACUGAGGGAGCUGAAAGAAGAAACUGGCUACAAGGGAGAAGUAGUGGGAGUUACACCAGUGACCUGUCUGGACCCUGGUUUGUCUAAUUGCACCACGCAAACUGUCUUGGUCAACAUCAAUGGAGACGAUAUGGAAAAUAUCCACCCAACACAACAGCUCGAAUUUGUUGAUGUGAUUCUACUACCUCUUGAUGAAUUCCAGACUAAAAUAGAUGAUCUGCUGAAGAAAGAAAAAAUUAUGGUGGAUGCUAAAGUGUACGUCUUUGCCAUGGGGAUGGUGCAAGCUUUCUUUAAACCGAGGGAGCUGCCUGUCCUGAAACAGUUCUUCCACAAAGCCGUAUACCUGAAACAAGUGGCCACUUGUUAUUUCCAGCUUUUUAUGAGCUUGAUCUCAAGAUGCAGUGAUUCUGUUUUUAGUAACUGUUCAUUCCUAAUAUAGCACACUGUUUCCAGUUAAAAUGGGAGACCGUAUUUACUGUACCUCAAACUACAGUUCAUUUGUUGUUUUGAUUUUUGUUUUUUGCAUGCCAAUUUUUUUUUUUUACAAUAGGACAAAUUUGUCAAUUUGUCCUAUUGUACAGAGAGACCAUACAGAUCAGAAUGAACAUCUUGAAGUCUGAGUCUUUUGGUUUUAGUCUAAAAUCGUGUUCACAAUGGAGAGAAAUUUAGAAAAAUGUAUGCAACAUGAGUCUGGGUCAUGUGUUACUACUUACGUAGCUUAAUAAUAGUAUUAUCAAUAUGACGUUUUUUUUGUUUUUUUUUUU